UUCACACGUCGCUGUGCUAUCUUGCUACCAGUCUAUCCAGGUUCACGAAGUUCACGGCGGUUCGUGUUUCAAGUUUCAAGGCGAUGGGCGGGUGAUUUUCACGGGAGAAGAUACGAACAUUGGCGCCAGUGCACAUUUCCAGUUGAAAUUUAAGACGAAGAAACACACAGGGAUUAUUUACUACGCGGAAGGAAUGUAUCACAGGGAGCGGGUAUACGAUUUUGAGGGCGUCUUCCUCCGCGAUGGCUACGUGAACUACUUUCUGUUCAACCCCCCAGAGUACAGCAUUGGGUCCACAUUUGGGUUCCAUGGCAGAAGUCGGGAAACAUUGAAUGACGGGAAAUGGCACACGGUUGAGUGGUUCCGGAAUCGAAAGUCCGAAGUCCGCAGUAAAGGUGGAAAAAAUGAAAUGACAACACAGACUGGACUUAUCGUUGACGGCAAGCUGGUCGCUGUUGCCGACGGGGAGAGGGUCGGGGUCGACAUCCGGCCGCCGUACAUCCUCGGUGAAGACCCGCACUUGGAUGACCGAGCGAGUAAAGUGAUCGGAAGCUAUGAAGGCAACGUUAUGGAUUUCCGGGAACUCACGACCAGCCACGAGUUCGAGACGGAGCGAAACAUGACCGGACAGGUGUCGCAUUGCAUCCCAGGACCGGAUAUCGAGCCUGUGUAGUCUCGUGAAACGCAUGCACGGUCAACAGAGCGGAACUGAAGGUGAUGGCAUCACAUGACUGACGUGUUAAACAGAACAGAACGUUCUUUGCAGUCACUUAGAGAAAUCUACCAACACAAUGUGCUCUGAUGCCUUCACGUAAAUUAUACUGUAAAAUGAUUUCAUUCGCUUAUAUUACGUUUUGUGUAUAGUCCAUAUGUAUCGAACUGAAAAUGAAAUAAAUAUGCAGUAUCAUUA